AUGUCUCGUAUUAUGAACCCUCCAGCCCCAAUCGCCAUCAUCGGCGUCGGUUGUAGGCUCCCAGGUGGAGCAAACAACUUAGACAAGCUAUGGAAACUGCUGUCAGAGAGUCGCGAUGGGCGGACAGAGAUUCCCAGCGACCGCUGGAACGCAGACUCGUGGUUCGAUGCCUAUCCAGAUGCGAAGCAAUCCAUGGUGACCAAGCACGGGUAUUUCCUCCAGGACGACAUCUCCCAGUUUGAUGCCAAAUUCUUUGGUAUCUCCAGUGCAGAAGCCCACUCGAUGGACCCGCAACAACGCCUCUUUCUCAUGACGACGUAUGAGGCUCUCGAAGACGCUGGUAUUCCCGUUGAUUCACUGCGCGGCUCCAACACUGGUGUUUAUGCUAGCAUCUUUGAGAGGAGCUACGAUCGCAUGGGGCACAAAGACCUGUCCACGAUUGGCAGGACGCACCUGAACGGAACUGGCGAGUCUAUCCUAUCAAACCGGAUAUCAUACUGUUUCGACCUGCGCGGUCCCUGCAUGACUAUCGACACUGGCUGCUCUGGAAGUCUUGUAGGCCUUCACCAAGCAUGCCACAGCCUUCGGUUGGGCGAGUCGAAUCUCGCCUUAGUGGGUGGCUCGCAGCUUGUUAUUCAGCCAGACAUUCUAAGCAUAAUGAGCGGUAUGGGGAUGCUCAAUCCAGAUGGAAAGUCGUAUACCUUUGACUCUAGAGGCGCUGGAUAUGGACGCGGCGAAGGCGUUGCCACAAUAGUUCUCAAGCGUUUGGACCUUGCAGUCAAAGACGGUGACAGAAUACACGCCAUCAUUGCUAAUUCAGGCAUGAAUCAAGACGGCAAAACACCUGGCCUGAAUACCCCCAGCAGCGAGGCACAGGCAGCGUUGUCUCUCCGUGUGUACCAAGAGGCCGGGCUGAAUCCUGCUGAUACGUCUUUCGUCGAAGCUCACGGCACUGGAACCCAAGCAGGUGACCGGGAGGAGAUAGCGUCGAUAUCUAAGGUCUUUUGUGAAGAGUCUUGUAGGACGGACGAUCUUUACGUCGGCUCAGUGAAGACGAACAUCGGCCACCUCGAAGCAACCUCCGGUAUCGCCGGGUUGCUGAAGUCCAUACUCGUGCUGAAGCAUAACCAGAUUCCAGCCAACCUCAAUUUCAUCAAGCCCAAGCCAUCUCUGAAGCUUUAUGAGAAGAGAAUAAAGAUCCCGACUGAAGUUACAGAGCUACCAAGACCACAGCACAAUGGCCCCGCUAGAGUAUCAGUCAACUCAUUUGGGUACGGAGGAACUAACUGCCACGUUAUCCUUGAGGCUCCAGGCGCAUACCACAAGCUUAAUGGCGCCCAGACUAAUGGGUUAUCCACUCAUCAUAAUAGCCCCGAGUCAUUCAAUGAAGCUACUAAGGGAUCCUUUACCUCUGAAUCAGCUCUGAAUGGAUCUUCAAUCCCUGGCGAUGUCACUGACUCUACUCCCAAGUUGUUUGUUCUGAGUGCAUCAACGGAGAAGGCUUUUGUCUCAACCGUAGAAAACACCAAACAGUGGGCAAGUGCUCACCUUUUGGAUUCUCAGACUCUGCGCAGUCUGUCGUACACACUGGGUACUCGCAAGUCUGCUUUUUUAUUCCGCCGAGCUAUCGUUGCAUCGACAUCAGUGGAGCUGAUGGAAGAACUGGAUCAGGUGGUUCAUCCCAAGAAAGCUACCACUCUUGCACCUCUCACUUUUGUCUUUUCCGGACAAGGUGCGCAAUGGCAUGCAAUGGGCCGUGAGCUCAUUAAGUCAUCACGAUACUUCCGAGAGUCAAUCGUGGAUAUGGAUGAUACCAUACGACGGGAAGGAGGCUCUUGGAGUCUCAUUGAUGAGCUGCUCAAAUCCGAAAGCCAGUCACGCAUCAGCGAGGCAGAGAUAUCGCAGCCUGCAACGACAGCGAUACAGAUUGCGCUUGUGGAUUUACUAGGGAGCUUUUCUAUCACACCCAGCCGUGUUAUUGGCCACAGCUCUGGUGAAGUUGCUGCUGCAUAUGCCGCUGGUGCUUUGAGCCGAGAAAAUGCUAUCAUUGUUGCCUAUCACCGUGGCAUCGCCUCCUCGAUGGCCAAAGUAGCAGCUGAAGUGCCUGGCUCAAUGAUGGCAGUCACUCUCGGAGAGGCUGAAGCGCAGCGAUACAUUGAUAGAGUUACUAGUGGAACUAUCGGUGUGGCCUGUUUAAAUAGCCCGGAGAGCAGUACAAUUUCGGGAGACCUAACUGCCAUUGAGGAGUUGAAGUCUCUACUUGACGCCGAGGGAAUCUUUGCUCGCAAGCUGAAAGUUGAUGCCGCUUAUCACUCGCAUCACAUGCGGCGAAUCGCACAUAAUUACCAUCAAGCGAUGCAAAAUAUCGAGUCCUCUGAUGUACGGUGUGGUAUCACGUUCUACUCAAGCGUAACCGGUGCAGUCAAGCCAACAGCAUUCGGCGCCGACUACUGGACCGACAAUUUGGUGUCCCAGGUCAAGUUCAGCCAGGCACUGGCAUUGUUGAGGAGCGAUCAACUAAGAAACGAGCCGGGGAUUGACACAAGCGUUUUCAUCGAACUUGGACCUCACCCAGCUUUGGCAGGCCCUUCUCGUCAAACACUGACACCACCAGGAGGUGGGAAGUUCAAAUUUGAAUACUUCUCUGCCCUCGUGCGCCACAAGAACGCUGUGCAAACUGUCUUAUCUCUCGCCGGCAAGAUCUUUGAGCUAGGCCUCAAGGUCGAUCUGGACGCUGUACUCAAGAUGACCGAAACACGAGAGCCUGGCAUCAUCCGAGAUAUGAAAUCAUACCCUUGGGAUCUUGCACCAUUCUGGCACGAAUCCAGACUCAGCAAGGCUCACCGUUUUCGCAAGUUACCACCGCAUGAUUUAUUAGGCCUACUUGAUCCAGGUAGUACUAUCCAAGAGCCACGUUGGAGAUACCUCAUCAACCUGGAUGCCUUGCCAUGGCUGCGUGAUCAUGUGGUUGAAGGGUUUACAUUAUAUCCAGGCGCUGGAUACCUCACCAUGGCUAUUGAAGCGAUGAACCAGCUUGUGCAGCUGAGAGAUGCUCAGCGAUUGAUUUCAAGAUUCAUCCUUCGCGAUGUGAUCAUUUCAAAGUCCAUUGUCCUCAACGAGUCGGAUAAUGAUGAGCAGUCUGGCGAGAUUGAAGUACAGCUGAGUAUGUCCACCUCGCAGCAAUACGAAGGCAGUCGCUGGGAAACAUUCCGAAUCUGGUCGUAUGACAGUGCCAACGAAUCAUGGACCGAAAACUGCUCAGGCGAGAUUACAGUCGAGUAUAAAAAUACCGAGGGCGAUGAAGUGAAUGGAACUCGAGAAUCAGAUCUGCGCAGAGAAGAGUCGCUACAGUUCCUUCAUCAUGCUCGACAGAGCUGUAGCAUGAAGAUGAAAAAGACCGAAUUCUAUGAGUUUGCCAAGUUGACCGGAAACCAAUGGGACGGUGCCUUCAGUCCAAUUGAUUCUCUCAAAUAUGGCAACAAACAAGGUCUUCUCGAUAUCAUCAUUCCAGACGUGGCUGCUUUGAUGCCAUAUCGCUCCUUCAGACCUCACGUUAUUCACCCGAUUACCCUAGACGCUGUCCACCAGCUUAGCGGGAUGCUUUUCAAAAAGUUCGUGUCCAACGCGCCUUGCGUUCCUACCAAGAUUGAUCUCUUGGAAAUUGAUGCCAAUAUCUCGACACGACCGGGCAACAACCUGACUGCCGCCAUGCAGAUCGAAUCUGAUGGACCAAAGGCAUCCACUGCGCAGUCUUGGGUGUUUCAAGAAGAGACGGAUGGCCAACUCCGACCAGUCAUCAAGCUUUUGGUAAAUCUCAUAGCCAUUGGUGAGGCACAGCAAGAUGAGAACCGGCCUUUCGUCCAGGACAAAGUGAAUCGGCUAGAAUGGAACGUUGACGUGGAUUUUAUGACCGAAACCUCGUUCUCUCAUUAUCUCUCUAUCACGCUGGGCUUGGAUGAGAACAUGACGUAUAACUACGAAGGGAGGAAAGUAUCUGCCGUCGAAGCUGAAAAGAGCUUCCGUCUGGCUGACCAAGCAGCAUCCAUUUGGAUUCGAGAUGCACUGGCCUACGUCGAAGCCAACAACGUUGACAUCACGAGCCCUCAUUUAGUCAAGUAUCUUGGAUGGAUGAAGAAGUGGAUCAAUUCUGAUCACUAUAGCCAGAUCAUGUCAGGGCUAUGCAUCGAGGAUGAAGUCAACAUACUGCAGCGCAUUGACGCCCUCACCAAUGCACCCGAGCUUCAGCUACUUGCACGGGUCGGCAGAGCUCUUCCUGACAUUCUAAGAGGCACAUCUGAUCCCUUGAGCGUUAUGCUAGAGGAAAACCUCCUGGUAAGAGCUUACGAGGGUGGGACAUUCAGUGGCGACUAUGAAGCCGCAGUUGCAUAUCUUCAGCUUCUCACCUUCAAGAACCCGCGACUUCGUUUUCUGGAGAUUGGCGCGGGGACUGGAGGCUGUACAAAGCAGCUUCUCGGUGGAAUCUCCAACCAAAGCAGUGGUGACCUUCCUAUCGGGCAGUAUACAUACACAGACAUAUCAAGUGGCUUCUUUGAAGAAGCUCGCAGAACCUUCGCCAACUGGGAGUCUUAUAUGGAGUUUAAGACGCUGGAUGUAGAAGGUGAUCCUCUCGCACAGGGCUUUCAGUCUGAAUCUUAUGAUGUUAUCGUGGCAUCGAAUGUUCUGCAUGCGACGAAGCGGAUGGAUAUCACCAUGGAGCAUGUGCGAAAGCUCCUUCGCCCCGGUGGAAGCCUUAUACUCGUUGAGAACUCACCCAGAGGCGCGGUCAUCGGUCUAAUAUUCGGCACCCUGUCUGGAUGGUGGGCUCAUGAAGACGAAUUCCGAGAGGACACUGCGUUGAUCUAUAGGGAGCAAUGGGAUACGAUCCUAUCAAGGAAUGGCUUUGGUGGGAUUCAUGUUGCGCGUAAUAGCAUGAUGGUUUCCAGAGCUGUGGCUCCACCAACUAACGGGCAUCGUAUGGGAAAAAAGACGAUUGUACUCGUCGAAGAUGUGCCCGAUGACAGGAAUGUCAAGAUUUUACAGCACAUCAAGUCCACUUCCAUCGACGCUCGGAUGAGCAAGCGCACUUGGGACUCAGUAGACAUCAGCGAGGACAUGCUCUACUUGGUAGUUGAUCGCCCUGAGAUGCCUCUACUCCUAGAUCCUCAACCUCAAUUAUUCACAGCGCUCAAUCUUCUCCUUGCCUCAAAGGGCAAGAUACUCUGGGUAGUCACCCAGGGUACUCCUGAUCCAGUAUCCACGGCAUACAAGGGCCUUGUGAGUGCUACUGUGCGAGUCUUGCGUCGUGAGAGUGGCAACACUGGGUUCAUCACCCUCGACAUCCGCGAUCCUGCUCCCAGCACGCAAGUGAUCGGGCAGGCAAUAGCUGGGAUCUCGGAGGCAUGCUUCUGGCAAGGUACUAAUGAUGGGAAGUCUCUGGAGCCUGAAUUCGCUUACGAAAAUGGCCGUGUAUUCAUUCCUCGGGUAUUGUCAGACACUAGGUUCUUGAAAUGGGCUCGGGGUACCUGGAAUGACUCCACAAUGACAGAGACAGAGACUGCUCUUCAUCAAGGUGACCGGCCUCUCGAGCUUGAAGUCGGUACUCCUGGCAUACUUAGCUCUCUAAAGUUUGUUGAUUCUGAGUUUUCGCUCGAAUUAGGAGCUGACCAGAUCGAGGUCAAACCCGAUGCCUACGGGGUCAACUACAGAGACCUGUGCGUGGCCCUCGGACAAACGCAUUCCGAUGCGCAAAUGGUCGGUGAGUUUGCUGGUGUCAUAACAGCAGUUGGCCAAGACAUGAAGGACGCGUAUCAAGUGGGAGACAGGGUCAUGGGCUUUGGUGCUCAGCCAUACAGCAACCUGUCACAGGUCAAGGGACACCAUGCCCACAAGGUGCCCAGCUCCAUGAGCAACACUACAGCAUCAUCACUACCCUACGCGUAUGUGACGGCGUACCAAUGCAUAAGGAACCUAGCCAACCUCGAGCAAGGGCAAUCUGUUCUCAUUCAUUCUGCAUCAGGAGCGGUUGGACAAGCAGCAAUUCAGCUUGCGCAAUCCAUUGGAGCUGAGAUCUUCUGUACGGUUGGAAACCGCGAGAAACAGCAAUUUCUCGUAGAUACUUACGGCAUUCAGGAGAGUCACAUCUAUUCUAGCCGGCAAGGUUCAUUGAAAAAUAGCAUCAUGCGUCUCACAGGCGGUGAGGGCGUGGAUCUUGUGCUGGGCACAUCAACAGGAGAGAUGCUCAGAGAAAGUCUUGAAUGCGUUAAAUGCUUGGGCGUCUUUAUUGAACUGGGAAGGACUGAGACGCGAAAGCCCUCUCGACUGAGCAUGGCUGCAUUCGAAAAGUCAAUCACAUUCCAUGCCUUUGAUUUGGCAACUUUGGCAACACGAAAGAGCUCUUAUAUAUACCAGAUUCUUGGUGAAAUCGUCAAACUCGUUGAGUCAGAGGAACUUCGUCCAAUGGGGCCAUCCACAGUGUAUCCCAUUGAGCAGGUUGAGGAUGCCUUCCGACUUAUGAGCGCGAGAAAACAUAUUGGAAAGGUUGUACUCGUGACACAGCCCAGUUCAAGAGUCAAAUGUUCGCCAGCGCAACCUAUACCUCUGCGACUCAGGAAAGACGGAACUUAUAUCGUUGCAGGCGGCCUGGGUGAUCUGCCUUCACGGAUAUGUCGGUUUUUCGCUGCCCGGGGAGCCGGACAUAUUGUCUCACUAUCUCGGCGCACAAUCGACGAUGAGACGAGACGAAAGCAUGUGGCAGCAGUGGAAGCGCAUGGUGGUCAGCUCCACCUACUGAUAUGUGAUAUCACCAAUGACGAUCAGAUGAAGAAUGCCGUCUCGUUUUGUAGAGCACUGCCUCCUGUCCGAGGCGUUGUACAGGGCGCUUUGGCUCUGAGGGACCGAACAUUUUCUCAAAUGACUGUCGAUGAGUGGAAACAGCCACUCCAGCCCAAAGUUGUUGGAACCAUCAAUCUUGACAAGUAUUUCGCCUCCCCGGAUCUGGCCUUCUUCGUGGCACUGUCAUCUAUUGUUUCAGUGAUUGGUAAGUCUGGCCAGUCGAACUACGCAGCCGGAAAUGGCUUCCAAGAUGCCUUUGCACGAGCCCAUGCCAAUCAUCCGCAUACUCAGUAUGUCUCCCUCAACAUCGGCGCCGUCUCCAUUGAUGCCCACGGCGCUUUGGAGGCAUCCCAAAACGAGACCAGUAUUAGCACCAUUAGGGCAAGUCUCCGGCACAACAGUGUAAUGGAUAUCUCCUUCGAAGAGUUCUUUGCGAACUUGGAGUAUCUCAUGACAGAUGCCGCUCGAAUGGAUGGCCUACACCAAUCGAUCCAGGGCGUAACGCGUCUGUCGAUGAUGGAAGCCAAUGACGAGUAUCUGCUUGAUAAUCCUGUUUUCAGCCAAUUACAACAUAAACUGGAUCAAAAGACGACAGGCGCCGCUAAAAGAGAUAAGUUUGAUUUUGCAGAGGCAUUGGCUGGUGUCAAGACCAUGGCUGAGGCGGAGCAGUUGAUUCAAGAAGCUGCACUCGCCAAGUUUGCUGUCUUCCUAGACCGGCCAGUGGACGAUAUCCGGGUGGACCAGUCGCUGGCCACGAUUGGGUUGGAUUCUCUUGUCAGCAUUGAGUUGAAGAACUGGAUGGCGCGCACAUUCCAGAUUAACCUACAGACAUCGGAGUUGAGCGGUGCUGGAAGCAUCACAGCCCUCACGGCAACGGUUGCUUCGCGGUCGAAACUUGUUCCUAAUGAGAUACGGAAAUCAGCCCCCAAAGACAUUGUUACUGUCACAGAACAAACAUCUUCAUCGGCGGGUGAGCAGGUUUGGACUAAUCACGGAUUCUAUUGCUGCCGAACUUGCAAAGAGUUACCUAGGUACCCGCUCGUCGACCUAGAGGAAGCCAUUGCAGACCUCCUUAGCAGUUUUGGUCACUUUGCUCACACCCGAGAGGAAUACGAGGAUCUUAGUCGAAAAGCCCACGCUCUGGCGGCACCAGGUAGUCUUGGUCGCAGACUCUACAAUAAACUGCGUGCCCAGGCCGAUGAUCCAAACGUAGAGAGUUGGAUCGCCGACCUGCUCCUCAAGGCCCUUCAUCUUAAGCGUCGUUAUCCACUCGCACCUUUUGGAAACUUCUUGGGUACGCACUUUGACAGCCCGACAGUCCACACCCAGGCGGAGCGGGCAGCUCUGCUGACUACAGCUUUAUAUGAUUUCAAGACCGACCGCGACUUAGGCAGGCUUGAGCCCGAUUUCCUUGGUACGAGGGCUAACUGUGGGCACUCAUUGUCCUGGCUGUUCAAUGCUGUAAGAGAGCCAAAUGUCGACUGUGACAAAAUGAUGAAGUACCCGGGCAAUGAGUAUGUUGCCGUGCUGCGAAAGGGACAUCUAUUCAAGAUUCCGCUCAAGCAUGGAGACAUGAGAGCUUCAUAUGACACGCUCAAGGCAACAUACCAGGAGAUCCUCGAUCUGGACCUGGAAGACAGUUGGGCUGGCAUGUUGACUACUGACAAUCGUGAUACAUGGGGCUUGAACCGACGGAGACUGCUUUGUUUGAACAACAGAAAUGCUGUUUAUUUCGAAACUAUCGAAGCUUCCGUAUUCGUCAUGUGCCUUGACGACAACAGCCCAGUGACACGGGCAGACCGAGUCCGCUUUGGCUACAUUGGGGACUCGUUCAAUCGCUGGCACGACAAAUGCACGCAAAUUAUUGUUACCGCCAACGGGCGCUCGGCCACCAUUUUCGAGCAUUCCAUGAUUGAUCUCAUGACGGUUUCUCAGCUUUCCCAGAGACUCCAAAAUGCCAUCGCUACCUUCGAUCCUAGGAAGUCGACUCCAAGUAACGGUAGCAUUGCUGUUGAUCCAGCUAGUCUCGAAGAGAUCCCUUUGUUGAUAACAGAUGAUAUUAAUAACCGCAUCGAAUCCCUCCGCCACGACUACCUUGCUGUCACAUCUGCAAAGCAAUACGUCCCUCAUCUCAUCAAAUCCUUUGGCAAAACCACCUUGCUCAGUCACUCCGCGCCCAUCAAAGCGACCGUCGACCUAACAAUACAGCUGGCCAGUCGACUAUACUUUGGCCACCUGCCGGCCAGUUGGGAGACCGUAUCAACAGCGCAUUUCCAUCUUGGCCGUCCAGAGAUUGUGCAGGUGGUUCGGAAGUCUGUGAUGGACUUUUGCGACGCUGCCCUUGACGAUACUGUGCCUCGUAGCGAUGCUCGUACCAAACUCGUACAGGCUGCACGAGAGUGCAAUGCGCAAAUUACCAAGGGAACCGAGGGCCGAAACUACUUCAGGCUCAUGGAUGUGAUCGAGGUCAUGUCUCAGGAUCAGAAGGAAGAAAAAGUGCCAGAGCUGUUCUCUGACCCCGUCUGGAAGAGGGGCUAUCCAAAACUUAUCAUGCAAACAAUGGUGGAAAAAAAGCUUGCAGAAGAUCCGGGCUUCACCAUGCCGCAUCCAGAGUCGGUAUGGAUGAAUUACACCGUGUUUGAUGAUUCGUGA